AUGAUUAUUGUUUCGAUUUGGUUUAUCUAGGUCAAUCUGUCAUCUACCAACCCAAGCUCCAAGUCAAGUGUUUACUACAGCAAAAUGAGUCUACACGUCCUAGUCCCAGGAGACUUCGAGACAGAGACUGUUUUCUUGCAAAGCAAGCGUCAGGAGCCUCGUGAAGUUACGACUUGGACAGCAGUUAUAUCAAACAAUAACGACAAUCUUAAGCGGACAGGGGAUUUUCUUGUCAGACACGGUAUUACCUACGGUUACGUUAUAGCCGAUAUAAUCUUCCAAUGGAAGAGUGGGAUCUUCUCGUUCAGAAAGUUUGGUUUGCGCGUAAGAUGUCCGGUUUUGCUCAUAUUGGACGAUUUAAGCUCCGCAAGCAGAGCAGUGUUCCCUUGUUCUCAACACUUCCAUCUUUAAUUCUUAUGUCUAAGAAUUUUGAACUCUUGAUUCAUACAAAACAUAUAUACGGAAUAAUAUACAUAUAACCUUUAU